AUGAACUCGAACGAAACGGCAGUUACUGACGCUGAUGCGCCGUCAUCGAGCACGCCUCCCCAGGCUGGUACAGCGCCACUCCCCAGGAUCACCACCGCCGACCUCAGCGAACACCCUGCGCUGGUGAUUGCGCACGGUGAAGCCCACGUGCACGACCUUCUCCAUCACUUGCCAGGCCAUCGCAUACUUGUCACUGGCGGUUGUGGCUUUAUCGGUAGCGCCUUCAUCCGCCAUCUGCUUGUCUACGCUCCCGCAACGGUGCACAUCUUCAACCUGGACACGCUCGAGUACUGUGCGGGCGUUGACGCGGUCCUUGGAGCUCUCUCUGCAACCGGAGAUGCCGAUCGCGCAACCUUGGGCGGUGACACGUCAGCGUCAGAGGAUCAGAGCACUACUGCCGCCUCCUGCCCCUCGUCCAAUGCCGGUUCACCGGUAUCCCGUUACCAUUUUAUCCCCGGCUCUAUCCUGGAUGCGACUCUCGUGCUGGACGCGCUGCGCACCCAUCGUAUUGACGUCAUUGUUCACAUGGCUGCACAGACGCACGUUGAAAACAGCUUCUCCAAGAGCCUCCUUUUCACGAAGGUGAACGUUGUGGGCACGCACACGCUACUCGAAUGCGCGCGGGAGUACGGCCAGCUGACUCGCUUCUUACACAUUAGCACGGACGAGGUGUACGGUGAAACCCCAGCGACAGUGCGACCAGCCGACGAGACAUCGACGGUGCUGCGCCCAACGAAUCCAUACGCAGCGACAAAGGCCGCAGCGGAGCACCUUGUCUCCUCCUAUCAUCACUCGUUCAGGCUUCCUGUGCUCAUCUCGCGCAGCAACAAUGUGUUCGGGCCCGGACAGUAUCCUGAGAAGGUGAUUCCACGCUUCAUCACAUGUGCGCUACGUCAGGAGCGGCUGCCAAUCCAGGGAGAUGGCCACCAUCAGCGCAGCUUUCUCUACAUUGAGGACGUGGUCAGAGCACUGUCAACCAUCCUCGUGCGCGGCACUGUCGGUGAGGUCUACAACAUCGCUGGUGAGGAGGAGUUGUCCGUGCACGAGGUGGCACAGCGAGUUGUCGCAUGUAUCGCCGGUGCUGACCACGACAAAGUGCGCGCUGCCUCUCGUGCGGAGUUCGAUGCCUCCUAUGUGCGCUACGUAGCGGAUCGCGCCUACAAUGAUGCGCGAUACUGCAGCGACAAAGAGAAGCUGGCGGCUCUGGGUUGGACGCAGCAGGUCUCGUUCGGAGAGGGGCUGCACCGCACUGUCAGCUGGUAUCGUGGUCAUCCUUUGGAGGCUGGCGGGUACUGGAAAGGUGGGAGUGGGGCUGGUGCCACAGCCUCUUGUAGCGGCUCUCCGUCUUGUUGA